CUGACAUUGUAACAUCGAUGAUACUUUGUGUUUCCUGGGUAUAUAUAGUAUUGCAUAUAAUGUAGCUGUUUUACUGACUUAAAAUAUGUACUUUUUAUUAACUCAAAAUUAUCAUGAAUGAAUAAUAUUUUAUUAGCUUUUGAUAGUUUCAAAGAAGAACGUUUUGCUGUAAUUAGUAAGCCUGCAGAAGAAAAUGCAUGUUCAGAUGCAGAACUUGUGGUUGGUACAGCAUAUACACAGCACAUUAGUUUAUAUAAACUAGUUUAUAUAAACUUGGAAACGAGGACUUCAUUUCAUUCCACCAUUUUAAAAGAUCUUCGACAGGCUAUGUGGGUUGGCAAAAAGUCCGGAAACGGUCAAAUAUCUCGAAAAGGAUCAACUAUAGCGAAAAAUAUAUCUUUAGGGCCGGUUUCACCAACUACGAUUAAGCUAACCGACGGUUAAAAGUAGCGGAGUAGCCGACACCUACGUCGUGGGUCUGCAGUUUAUAUAGAUGGGCCUCUAAACGCUCCGUGACGCGUCAGUGGCAACAACGGCGGCGACGGCGGCGGCGUACGCCGAAAAUCUCACAGUGACGGCGGCGGCGGCGGCGGCGUAGCGUGGCCGCAGAUGUCUACUGUGGACGGGCCUGAGAACUAGAGAUGGGCGAUACAAUCCAAAAGUAUCGAUACACCGUAUCGAAACGUAUCGUAAAUACAAGUAUCGAUACGAAAAAAAAUAUCGAAGUUUUUGUAUCGAUAUUGCCAAUAUCGAUACUUGAAUUGAA